UUUUUCCUUGGUUGGCGCUGCUGCUGUGUUGUCGUCGCCGCCCUCCCAAACACAACCAAACACACGACUGCCAAACACCCAUCUCAGUCAGCCUUCGUGUCUUGUCUGCAGAGUAGAAGGAGCAACACUCGCUGCUUCAGCGUCCCCCCUGUGCGCACUUUUGAUUCGUCAAUCGCGGAGCGCGGCUGUUACAUCUUUGUGUGUUGCUUUGUUGCUGUUGGCGCUUGGCAUCAUGGCUGAUCUGGACGUCGAUGUGCAGGACAUUGUGAACAGGCUCCUCGAAGUGAGGGGAUGCCGUCCCGGAAAGACAGUCACCUUGGACGAGGCUGAGAUUCGUGCCCUGUGCAUUGGUGCACGGGAGGCGUUUAUGAACGAGCCCAUUCUCCUCAAGGUCGACGCGCCCGUCCAAAUAUGCGGUGAUGUGCACGGCCAGUACUAUGACCUGCUGCGCCUGUUUGAGUUUGGCGGCUUCCCGCCUGCCCAGCCCUACCUCUUCCUCGGCGACUACGUCGACCGCGGCAAACAAUCGCUGGAGACAGUGUGCCUGCUGCUGGCGUACAAGAUCAUGUACCCGGACCGCAUCUUCCUCCUCCGCGGGAACCACGAGUGCGCAUCCAUCAACCGCAUCUACGGCUUCUACGACGAAUGCAAGCGGCGGUACAGCAUCAAGUUGUGGAAGACGUUUACGGACUGCUUCAACUGCCUGCCUGUCGCCGCCAUCGUGGGCGAGAAGAUCUUCUGCUGCCACGGCGGCCUCUCCCCCGACCUGCAGACCAUGGACCAGAUCACCAGCAUCCAGCGCCCAACAGACGUCCCCGACACGGGCCUGCUGUGCGACCUCAUGUGGAGCGAUCCGGAGAAGGAGGUGGAGCACUGGGGCGAGAACGACCGCGGCGUCUCGUUCACGUUUGGUGCGCCGAUUGUCGAGCGCUUCCUCCACCAGCACGACCUCGAUCUCAUCUGCCGCGCACACCAGGUUGUGGAGGACGGUUACGAGUUCUUUGCAAACCGCCAGCUUGUCACAGUCUUCAGCGCUCCAAACUACUGCGGCGAGUUCGACAAUGCCGGGGCGAUGAUGCAAGUUGACAAGGACCUCAUGUGCCGCUUCCACAUUCUCAAGCCGGCCGACAAAAUGACAAAGUACCGUUACGGCGCAGAAGGGCGCGAUGUCAUCCCGGCCGCAUCCUGAGCCAUUGGCGACGACGCCACACACACACACGUACACACACACACACACACACACACACACA